AUGGUGUCUCUGACAGGAAGGCUCUUCUCCUUGCUCUUGGUCAUUGUUACAGUCGCUACAGUAUCUGCGAGCGAGCAACACAGCACAACACCCACAUAUGUCCCAUUGCCACACUCAAGGAUCAGCGUCAAUCGUCCAGCCACAAGCCCGACAAUCUCUACAAAGAUCUUCUCUGAUUCAACUCGGUUCCAAAUACAGCUCGUGCGUACCACUCGGCGAUACCAAGCUGGGAAGCGAUAUUGGGCCUGGGAGGGUGCUGACGCUGUGGUUGUCAACAAAACACAGGACGCGGCCUGGUUCUACCUCAAAGACGGACAGCUCAGAAGCGACCACAAGCGCGGAACUCUCUUCGGCAAGGACAAAUGGGGCAACAUAGAUCUCACCGGAAAUGAAUUCAGCUUCGGCCAAGGACAUGCCCGAUUCUGUGUUAGCGGAGAUGGCAACAUCUUUGCAAUAGCGUCCCAGCAUCCUCAAUUCCGCUGCGACGGCGUAGGCCUGAAACCCAAAGUCUUCUCUCGGAACCCUGUCCAGUAUCCUCCUGGGCAUGGCAACGAUCCGAAGCCUGCCAUCUCCUAUGCGAGUCCAAUUGCGCCGACUGACAGACCCCAUUGGUCUGACUCUCAAGAUCCGCCAGCAGACCCCAUCGGACAGUCUGACGGGCCAGCUCACCUACCGUCAUGGACUGAUAACACUCCCGACAAACCUCAAGAUGCGUCGGUUGGUGAGGAGUCGGGUACACCACCUCCUUUCGGUCCCGCAGACCGCGGCUGGUCACCGAACGUCCCAACUCCGACGGACCAUGGCACUGAUUACAACGGUCUGCCGCUUCAAGAUCACUCGCCCCAUGAGUCUGCAGAUCCUCCCGGACCUCCAAAUUACCCAGGCCACGAUGUUCCACCAGGCAGCCAAGCGGAGCAGCCAUAUCAGCCACCAGCAUGGUACGACCAUAACGGGCCGCCAUGGGGCCAGCAGUCACCGCCGACUCCGACAGAAGGACCGGAGCCUGAUGAGACAGGACAUGCACCGUUGCCAGAUCCAAGUUCAGAUCCGGAUCCAGACGAAGGCAGUGAUGACGUGAAUAUCACCAAGACACUAGCGAGAUUCAAAACCACCACAGCCACCAACAACAUCACCACGACCACCACGCUGAUCAACAACACCACCAUUAUCCACCACCCCGUCAUCAUCAUCAUCACCAUCACCAUCGACACCACGACGAAGAAGCUCCCGUCGAGACCGAUCCCCUACUCUACACUACAUGGCCCUACCCCAGCCGCAACAACCGACCACCAUCAGCAAAUGCCUACGCUUCCAGGCGAGGCCGCCAACCGCAGAGCCCCUUCAUUCUCAAAUGUUGUAGUGCUCUAUUUCUUGUACUUAUGUACGGCGUUAUCUGCUGGAUGGUCUUGCGCGCUGUUGUUGAGCGCAGGGUGCGGUGGUUUUGGUGGUGGGAUUCGCGAUGGUGAUAUCGAAGUGGGAUGUCGUCAAGCCGUGGCUUUGGCGAGUGGUGGGAUGAUAGGUGGUUCGCUUGUCAUCUGGUUCGUGCCUGUUGGGCUGCCAACUAGGUGUCUACUGGGGCUGGAGGGCUAG